AUGAGGCGUCGCUUCGACCGCGACAACAACUUCGGGGUGCUGUACCGCGACUUCAUGCGCGAGUACAUCACCCUCGGGCAUAUGACGCUCGCUGCCUCCACUGUGGCUUCACCAGGUGACCGGAUCAAUUUCUUGCCGCAUCAUGGGGUGCUGCGGACUUCGGCUGCCGGUUCCAAGAUCCGCGUCGUCUUCAACGGAUCAGCUUGCACGGGCGCCGGGGCGUCUCUCAACGGUGUGCUGCACUCUGGACCUAACUUGCUGCCGUCUCUCGCUGAUGUCUUGACUCGAUGGCGGCGGCACCGGUACGUCUUCAUGGCCGACGUUCAAAUGAUGUACCGGCAAAUUCAGCUUUAUCCGGACGAUCGAGACCUACAACGGAUCCUGUGGGCAGAGAACAACGGGAUCAGCGAGUACCGGCUAAAUACGGUCACGUAUGGCUUGGCGAGCGCACCAUACCUCGCCAUACGAGUGCUGCGGCAGCUUGCGUCAGACGAAGCCAACCGUUUCCCGCUCGGUGCCGACGUCCUGCAGCACGACGUGUAUGGACGACAUACUCACCAAAGCUGCUGA